CUCAUAGGAGGUCUCAAUAUUCCUCUUCUUUUGCACUCGCCUUGGACUCCACCAUGGAUAUCUUCAAUCGACCGCCUUCGAUCUCUGAAGAUACGCUACAUUACACGCUGUACCCACCUGCUCACCUCUCGGAGAAGACGUCUGCUACAUCGCUAGCUUCUUGCGUACAAGAUCAUGUCGAGUCCUUGCUUCCGGGCUUCUUGUGGCAUCGGGAUACAUUCCAGCUCAAGGUCAUACCCGAUCCUGAUAAGAAGGAUGCAUGGAUCCUGGACGGUACUAUGCGUGUUGGCGACUCUAUCGACGACGAAUGGUGUGCCGUUUGGUUACUGAGAGAGAUCAGUGCGAAGUGGGAUCUUGCCAUCAGUGUAAUUGAUUCGGACGGCGAACUUCUGCUCAUCGAGGCUGCCGAAGCGCUCCCUCCGUGGGUAAAACCUACCAAUUCAGAGAACCGGGUCUGGCUAUAUAGCUCGCAUCUGCAUAUAGUUCCACUGGAGUAUGUCUCCCCUGCCUCAACUACACGAAGACACCGCAGAGUGUACAAUGACCAGGAUGACGAUGACGACGGCAAUAACUUUGAGGAUACAGAUGAAUAUAUUUCUACGCUCGACGCUCUCAAGGUACUUCGCGACCCCGGUGUAAACACACUUGCUCCUCCACAUGUUGAGAAACUCGUUUGGAAGAAAAUCAACAGAUAUCCUGCAGCCGCCCGUAGUCAUACUCACACCUCCAAAGCCUACUUGCCCAUCGACGUCGCAAAAGCCCUGUAUGUCGACCCUUCCCUUGUCCAAAAAGCCGUUGAGACCUUUUAUACUCGAGAUGCUAUCCAGCUACGCGCUGCGCAUCGGAUGGCCCGCUUUCCUCCAGAGCCCUCCGCGUUAAGAAGCGUAAAGAUGACCCGAACAGCAUACGCCCAGUUAGUGGGACAAAAGUUCCAUCCUCCGAAGAUAUUCGGGCGAUGGUCAGAGAGCAGCGAGGACCAUCGUUUUAAAGAUGUUGGCAUGAAAUUGGCGUGUGGGUUCGAGAUGUUGUAUCAGGAAAGCAAAAGCAAGGUUGACGCUGUGAAUUCCUCCUCUGCGGCUCUUGCCUCCUCGGUAGAAGCUCAAAAGGAGGCCCUUCGCCGAGUUCCAGAGUAUGCCAAGUACCUUCAAAACCUAGUUUCUGCAGGUUACUUUCGGAGUGAGGUAGAGGGCUCUCAGAGUUGGAAGGAUCUCGAGAGCAAAGCAGCAGAGACAUUCGUAUCUGUGAACCGCGAAGACGAUCUUUCUCGGCUGUCGUUUGCCGUUCUCGUGGCCCGAGCUUUGGCUCAAGCACCCGCAGCUCUCUCGGAUACCUCCCAGGAAGCGGAGGAUUCAGAUGACUGGCUGAACAUCGAUGCCGAGAACUUUGAUGCACUGCUUGAGAAAAGCGCACAAAUCACGAAGCCAACGCGGGGCACCAGCGGUGACGAAGCCAAAAUGGACGUGGACCAGGAGUCCGCGGCGGACAGGGUGGAUGAUCGAUUUACAGAACAACAGGCCGACAGGUUGCAAGACUUGGCGCAAAAAGUGGAGCAAUUCGUCGAAGGCAAGGGUAAUUUAGAAGGCGCCCAAUUUGAAGACGAAGACUCAGAAGAAGAUCUUGACGCCGAUGAAGACUUACUUGGCGACUCAGACGAUACUGACGACAGCUAUGUCGAGCGGCCCGACGGCGAUGAACGUCGGGCCGCAAUGGACAAGCUUGUGGCGCCAAUUAAUCCAUCAGAAUACGGGAAAAUGCCGGCGAACUAUUACACUAAUUCUCAGCGAGUCGCGCGGGACGUGGUAGGAGAAGAUGCUGAGACAGGCGAACAGGACAAGCGGACCGGCGAAGAAGAGAAACCCGCCCCAAUCAAGAUUCGCCCCCCAAUCCUUCCUCGGGAUACGUACGACGGCGCCGACUCAGAUGACGAAACAGACUCAGAUGAAGCAGAAGAAGACGAGUCAGAGGACGAUAGACCCCAGAUAGUUGGAGAUAUCGAAAUAGACAUGAGCGAGGAGGAGGAAGAAUUCCUGGAGUUUUCACGACAGGCUUUGGGAAUAUCCGACCAGCAAUGGGCGGAUAUCAUUGGCGAACGCAAGAGCCGCGGCGCUUUCGUGCCCGCUGGGACUACUCCUCCACGUCCUCCAACACUUGAUGACUCACGUUCCGACACCCGCAAUGAAGACCCUCAAAAUCAGACUCGGCGCCCAGGGAAAAACCCCAACCCCAACUUGGACUCAUUCGAGGCGGUCAUGCGAGCAAUGGACGAAGAGUUGGACCGUUCUCGGCCAAAGUCUAAGGGCAAGGGUAAGGCCUCGAAGGAGGAGGUCCCCGAUCAUGAGGUUGACAUCGGUGAGGCGAUGGACGCUGAGCUGAAGGCAAUGCUCGAGCGCGACGGCGCCGAGGAUGACGAUGACGUGAGCGAGUCAAUGGAUUAUGGCCUAAUCAAGAACUUCCUAGAGAGCUUCAAGAGCCAAGGAGGUCUUUCUGGGCCUGUCAGCAAUUUGGCAGGACGACUCCAGCCCGGAUGGAAUCUUCCAAGAGACGAGAGCUGAUUAUGUUGCGUGUAAAUUGAUUGUAAUCUCCCAUGGGAUACACGAGCUCAUAGUUCUA